CAUUUUUUUAGGCUUUGUUUGGAAAUUGUUGUAGUGACGGAACAGUUUAAAACCUGCUCGAUGCAAAAUGUAUUGAGACCAGUAUAUAUCAUUGGUUUAACAUAACAGUUGGAUACCUGCACAAUAGCUAGGAUGGAAAUGUAUCAAGAUUAGCAAACUGCCAAAUUAUGACACAAUGCGAAGCAAUUAUUGACAAAAUAUGUACGUUGCGUGUGUUAAUCUGUAUAUCGAUAUAUAAGAGAGCAUUUGCAUGUGCCACAAUAUCUUGCAAUAUUUUUCGAUCUCAUAAGGAAUAAAUACACAAUUUCUGUAUUAAAUAUUUUUUCUAUAAAAAAAUGUGUUUGUUUACAUGAAUUAACAUUAACAUUAUAAUGAAAAGGCAGUUACAAAAAUAAAACAGGAUUUGUAAAUGUUGAACCUACUUAUUACUAGAUUUAUUUGUUAAUAUUGUAAAUUUCUUUUUGGAAUCUUGGCUAAACCUCUGUGAAAUUUUCGGUAUUAUGCAUACCAUCGCAAAUACAAAUGUUAGUACUAGUAGAACUAACAAAGUAUAAAAUAUAUUUUUCAUUAUCCAAUCAGAUUGUUCUAAAUAAAAUCAAAAUUGCAGAAAGUCUUGAAGAAAGUGCCAUUUGACUCCAUAUUUGUUUACCAUAAAAAGAAAUUGUGUUCGUACUUAUAUAAGAAGAAGAUGAAAAGAACAAGAUUUGAUUACACAGCAGAAAUGGUUGAAGUGUUGGAGGUUGCAUGGACAGCUGGCAUGCGGUCCGCAGGGAAGGACCAAAAAAUUGUAGAAGUUGCCUUACAACUUCAGUUGCAACCAGAAAAAGUAAAGGAAUGGAUUGGCAAUCGAAAUGCAAAAGAAGCCAGAAGACAAGGUGGACAAACUGUUAAAAAGUCUAAAAUAUUGACAAAGGGACCAAAUGCAUACUCCUUAUUUGCAAGAAGUGUUGAACGAGGAUCGAUGGAUGGGAAGACCUAUCUUCAACAUGUUGCCACAGAGUGGAGGAAAAAAAGCAAUGCAGCGAAAGAAACUUAUGCAAAGCAGGCUGAGGAAAUAAGGGCCGACCCAUUCAAGGGACAAGACAGGCAAGGAGUGAUUGCCUUCAAUUUGAAGGCAAUACAUGCAGCGUGUGAUGUACUGGAAUCAGUGGGGUUUGAGAUUGGGGGGUUCGGAGUUGACCCGACGGAGGAGGUGAACCCAGUGGUGUUUGCCUCAAGAGGAGCACUGUCGUUUUUCAGCAGGAAAAUGCAGGAAAACUUCCAAACUUAUGUGACAGGAAAAACACAAGUUGGGUCUAGAGAAUUGGAAAAGAAAGAUCUUGAACAGCUGGUGAGGAAGCAGGUAAAUUCUGCAUGGGCAAAAACAUCAACUUCAACAAAAUGCCCAUACAAAGAUGUCAAGGAUGGUAAAGUUGAUGUAGAGAUUAAGGGAUUGCUGGACAAUAUAAGCCUGAAAGAUCCCAGCUGGUAUGGGAUAAAAACACUGAAGACCAUGCUGGAUUCAAAUAUAGAGUUUAAAAUUCGACAAAAUCAACAGAACCAAACCAUAGAUGAAGGGUCAGUCACUAUUUAACAUCUAAAUUAAUGACGAGUAAUUUGAAUAAUAGGUCCUGAUAUUUUUCAGUUGUUAAAACAACACAGGAGAG